UAUGACGCAUCUGGGUCAAUGUGUCCAAACACUUGUAUCACUAACCUGCGGCGGUCAGUGGCCCCCCAGAGGUGUCACACCGACGAGGCGUGGCUCCCAACGGUGCGUCUGAUUGGCGGCUGAACUUAAGACGACCGAAGGUGGUACCCUGGGGAGAGGUGAGCAGCUCUCACUGCACCAGAGUCCCGCUCAAGUCAAGUUAAGUCAAUGCCUUGUUUCACGGUGCACAUCCGAGAUGAGUGGCUGGCAGUGCCCUGCCGGGAUACCAGCAACACCAUCCAAUGGCUUGGACUCGAAGCUCUUAAACGUUACAUGAAGAACAAACCAGAUAACGGCGGCAUCAAGGCGUUAAAGGACACUCGGUUUGUGGUGCGCAGGUGUCAGGGUUUGGGUUUACUGGAUGCGGAUGACACUGUCGAGGAUGUCCUGGAGGAUAAUGACUUUGUGGAGCUCGCCAUUGAAGGCGACACCAUGUCUCCUGACUUCAUCCCGUAUGAGCCUGGAGUUUCUCACCUCACAGCAGCAUACAAAGAACCUGGUGAAUACAUUUCCCUGGAUGGCAACAGCCUGACGACGACAGAUCUGGUCAACUUAGGAAGGGGACUCUACAAGAUAAAGCUGACUCAGGAGGCAGAGAACAAAGUUGUGCAAUCCAGAGAGCUUUUGGACACCAUUGUCAAAGAAAACAAAGUCGUCUAUGGAAUCACUACAGGUUUUGGCAAAUUUGCCCGAACAGUGAUUCCUGUCAGCAAGCUCAAGGAGCUGCAGGAGAACUUGGUGCGGUCACACUCAGCAGGUGUGGGAAACCCGCUCAGCCCAGAAAGGACCCGCAUGCUGCUCGCUCUGAGGAUCAAUGUUCUGGCCAAAGGGCACAGCGGGAUUUCUCUGGAAACUCUUCAUGCCAUGAUCCAGGCCUUCAAUGCUUCCUGCCUCUCCUUUGUCCCAGAGAAGGGAACAGUGGGUGCUAGCGGAGACCUGGCACCCCUUUCUCACCUGGCCCUGGGGCUGAUGGGCGAGGGGAAAAUGUGGUCUCCUAAGAGCGGGUGGGCAGAUGCCAAAUAUGUCCUCGAGGCCCACGGACUGAAGCCAAUAUCACUAAAGCCCAAAGAGGGUCUUGCGCUGAUAAAUGGGACCCAGAUGAUCACCUCUCUUGGGGCGGAGGCCGUGGAGCGAGCCCAGGCGAUUGCUCGGCAGGCAGACAUCAUUGCUGCUCUGACCCUGGAGGUGCUGAAGGGGACCACCAAGGCCUUUGAUAGUGACAUCCACACGCUGCGGCCCCACCCAGGACAGAUAGAGGUGGCCCUACGCUUCCGCUCGCUGCUAGACUCGGAUCACCAUUCGUCCCAGAUUGCAGAGAGCCACCGGUUCUGUGACAGAGUCCAGGAUGCCUACACCAUGCGAUGCUGUCCUCAGGUUCAUGGAGUUACCAAUGACACGAUAAAGUUUGUCCAGAACAUCAUCAACACAGAAAUCAACAGUGCCACUGACAAUCCUAUGGUAUUUGCAGAAAGAGGGGAGACCAUUUCAGGUGGGAAUUUCCACGGUGAAUACCCAGCUAAGGCUCUGGACUUUUUAGCCAUUGCAGUCCACGAGCUGGCCUCUAUCAGUGAGAGGAGGAUCGAAAGGUUGUGUAACCCGUCUCUGAGUGAGCUGCCUGCCUUCCUCGUCAAUGAGGGCGGACUCAACUCAGGCUUCAUGAUUGCUCAUUGCACAGCUGCUGCCUUGGUUUCAGAGAAUAAAGUUUUGUGUCAUCCGUCGUCUGUGGACUCUUUGUCCACCAGUGCUGCCACAGAGGACCAUGUGUCCAUGGGAGGCUGGGCUGCCAGGAAGGCCCUGAGAGUCGUGGAGCAUGUGGAGCAAGUUCUUGCUAUAGAGCUGCUGGCAGCCUGUCAGGGUAUUGAGUUCCUCCGCCCACUUCGUACCACCACUCCAUUGGAGAAGGUCUAUGAACUUGUGCGCAGUGUGGUCAAACCUUGGAUUAAAGACAGAUUCAUGUCUCCAGACAUUGAAGCUGUUCACCGUCUUUUACUAGACCAGAAGGUGUGGAAUGUGGCCAAACCUUACAUCGACAAGUAUCAGACAGAGUACAUCCCUGAGUCCCGUCCCGUCUCUCCUACUGCCUUCUCUCUGGAGUCUCCAGCAUCACCGAGGAAGCGUGUUCGCCUUGAGUGAAAACAUGUCCAACCUUUGUUACUUUGCAUUAACUAUAAUUCAAAGAGUCACUUAUUGCAACUUUUGUGGAUUUAAAUGAAACCCCCCAACAUUUCUGAUUGAAGAUCACAGACUGAUUUGAUGUUGUUUUGACUCAUGUAGACUAAAUUCAUACUUUGAUUCAGGACAUUUUUAUUCCCUGAUGAAAUCUUGGUAACUUAAUAAUUGGUAUUGCUCUUGUAAUUAUUAGUGUUGAACCUGCAUACAGCUUGCUCUGCAUCACGGCGCAGUAGAGUUGUAUUUAUCUAAACGUUUGUUUUCCUUUUAAAAUAUGUGCCUAAUUUAGUUUUUAUUGCCACAUGUCUACCUCAGCUGCUGUACCAUUUUCAUAACAAAUAGUUUUUAAUGACUGAACACAAGCUAUGAUUUAAUGUUUUUUUCUCUGGCGUAACUAUAAUAAAUCUUUAAUGAUUUCCAUCUG